AUAAACAAGCGGAGGACAUCAGGAGAAUGAGGAGAAACAUGGCGACAGCGGGUGCAUAUUCUGCUACGGCCUCUAUGGCUUCUACGGCCUCUACAGCUUCUGCUCUACCCCUACCCCUACCUCUCCCUCAGCCCCCUCACGUUCUCCAGAAACGGGUGUCUCGCGAUAGUACUUUGCCGCGCGAGGACACCCUUUCAGAAUUCCUGCAGAAGGCUAAGGAACGUGCAAGUGCAGUUCGAGCUCCUGAGAUCAUCUCCGCCUCCACCUCUACCACUCUCCCUGUACCUCCCCCUAGAUCCAGCAUCAAGGCAAGAGUUGUCGACAUGCAGGAUCGUGAACCUUCUACGAUGCCUGGAUCCCUGCCAGAUAUUCCCAGCAACAGCAGCAACAGCAGC